AUUUUUAAAAAUAGGAAAUUUAAAUUAUAAUUUAUUACAGAAAAUUAAAUGGAAUUAAUUUGAACUUUGAGUAUAUUUUAGUAGAGGAAUGAGACGUAAUUUGUCACCCAACUUGACACGUGCUGUAUGCAAAUUAAUGCUGCAGAAGAGUGAUUCGUGCUUUGGUAGUUUAAUUGAAUCGAUUCUUAUGUCUGUGGUUAAGAGUCUGGUGAGGCGUAAUUCGCCAAUUUCUCAACUUAGAUCCACUCCAUCUCCCAAAUUAAGGAGACAGGUUGUUCGACUAUUGACUCCAAAAUGCAGGAAACGAUUACGCUGUAGUCCAUUGGGAGACACUCGAAAAGUAUCGAAACUACAUUCACACGUACGUAGAACCAUAUGGAAUCAUGAAAUAUCGAAUACAAGAUGUUUAGGAAGGUGUGAUGAUCACACUCUAUCACUGUUAAUCGGUUCACAAAAUCACAUUUGUCUGAAAACUAAGAGGACUUUCUGCCAAUCUUGCGAAGAUAAUUGCUGUUCCUGUCUUCUUCAUCAAGUAGAAAUUGGUCCUAGAAUUACAAAACUCGGUAGAGGUUCUUUUGGAGUGGUUGUAACUGGAAAGUUAAAAAGGGAUAUUGUUGCUUUAAAAAUCUGUAAAAAGCCUAAAGAUCCUAAUAUAGGAGAAAUUAAUGCGUUAAAUCUUCGGCAUCCUCAUUUAGUGAGGAUUUUGGCUAUCGAGGAUCGCACAAAUAUUCGUUUAAUUGUUAUGGACAUAGGCGGAGAAAGGAGUCUUCAAGAAAUUCUAGAUUCUUCAGAGAGAUUCUUAACUAACAGAAGAAUGAGAUUCUGUCGUCAAAUAUGUUCAGCAAUAUCAUACUGCCAUAGUAACGAUGUGGUUCACUCAGAUCUGAAGCCAUCAAACAUAUUAGUAUCGCGUUUCGAUCAUUGUAAAUUAGCAGAUUUUGGUUGUUCUAUAAGAAAGGGAACAUCUUUACAAUUCUGCAUACUCGGUACACCUAAAUAUUGUGCACCAGAAGUAUUAAGGGGUUCGACUCCAACUCCUAAAUCUGAUGUAUACUCCUUUGGUAUAUUAAUGUGGCAGUUGUAUACUAGAGAAAUACCUUAUCCGGAUACAGAAUUACACACCCUCAUAUACAGUGUGGUUGCUUGUCAAGUAAGACCUGAGUUCGGUUGUUUAGUUAAAUUCCACGAUCAUUCUUAUGCUGCUUGUGCUAAGAAAUGCUGGAAUUCUGAACCCCAAAAGAGGCCCACAAGUAAAGAACUAGUAUCAAUUUUGAAAAAUAUAUCCAGUUUUUCAGUAUUAUGAUACGCAAAACGUAUACAGAAGUUUUUUUAAUUGUAUUUAAUUGUACACGUAUAUUAAUUGUUAUUUGUUGUUUAUGAAUAAAAAUAAAAUGUUUUUAGAUAAA